AGUACAAGAUGACAGAAGACCCAGUUCGCGGACCGGUCGACACCGUCCACCCGCACUUUAUCCCGGGAUUCCGGAUGGCGCUGUAUAUAGAGAGAUAGAUUCCUUGAGUCGUUUGACUAUGGCUUUGCUGGCAAACAAGAUCGUGUGCAUAACUGGAUCGUCUCGAGGUAUUGGCCGAGCAUGCGCGGUCGAAUCAGCUAAACAUGGAGCAAUUGGUUUAAUAUUGCAUUACCUUGGAGACCAGGAAACCGAAGCGGAGCUUCAGUCUCUGAAAGAAGAGAUAUAUGCGACGACUUACAAUCACUGUCAAAUUGUUGGUGUGCCCGGCGAUAUUGCGGAUUCGGAGACUUCACAAAAGAUCGUCGAAGCAGGUGUCAAAGCGUUCGGACGAAUCGAUGUGCUCGUCAGUAAUGCGGGAAUUUGUCCAUUCGCCGAGUUCUUGACGAUGCCCCAUGCUAUAUGGGAACGUACCCGACAAGUAAAUUUGGAUGGCUCCUUUUACGUGGUGCAAGCGGUAGCAAAUCAAAUGAAGAGCCAGGUCCCCCAAGGCGGGUCUAUCAUCGGUCUGGCUUCUAUUUCAGCGCUCGUGGGAGGUGAAUUCCAAUGCCACUACACGCCGACAAAGGCAGGUAUCGUGUCGAUGAUGCAAAGUUGUGCUAUCGCACUUGGGAAGUAUAACAUACGUUGCAACGCUAUACUUCCUGGCACGAUUGCUACGGACAUCAAUAAAGAGGACCUUGCAAACGAAGAAAAGCGGGAGUAUACGAUCAAAAGGACUGUACUCGGGAGACUUGGAGCUCCCGAUGAUAUAGCUGGGCCUAUGGUAUUCCUUGCCAGCGAUCUCGCAAAGUAUGUCACCGGCGCGCAACUACUAGUGGACGGCGGGCUGUUUGUCAAUCUUCAGUGACAUAUUUUCCCGGUGCAAACAAGGAGAAAUGAUCGUCUUCCUCAGACGGACAGCUAGUAUGCGUAUAUCAGAUGCUACUUAUAACACGCAAGCGAUACGCAGACUUGGAUGUUUCAUGUCUG